UCCAGAACCGAACCAGUCUAAUCUGCAAAGGACAUCCGCCGUGGAUCUUGGGGACCCAGACUUAGAAUCUGUGUUUAAAAAAAAGGGUAUUUCUGGGGCCCUUCUUCUAGAGAGCCAGGCGUAUAUCGCCGGGAUUUUAGCUUCUACCGGAGCUAGUGCAGUUCUUAUUUUAUCUCACAAUCUCUCCGCCCCGUCGGCCACGUUUUUUUUUCUUUGUCCCCCCCAAAGAAGUUGUGAGGAUCAUGGCCCAUCAGGAAGUAGCCUACCGAACUUCUGCCAUGUCGAACGGAUCCUGGAAUUCCUCCCGCAGCGUCAUGUAUAGUGACAGCAUAUAUCCAGGUAGCACCCGUGAGAACGGGUACUCAAGCUCAAGUGUGAUAUACCCGUCCGGGUGCGGUUCAGCAUACAGUUCGCAAGCCAAUGUGUCGAUGAUGGGGACCAGUGGUCCAGUCGGCCGGCACCAGUCUGCAUACUCUUCCUCGCCGGUUUACAUCUCGAGAGCGCAGUCCGGGCCGUACGGAGCUUCUUCCGCAGGAGCGUAUGGUUCGUACAAUAGCACAGGCUCGCAGGGUUGGGACGGACCGAGCAGAUACUCCCCAACGGAUUCUGUUGAUGAUAUUAUUGCGUCUCCCAGUUUAUCGGAUUAUGCCUUGGAUAAUAAUGGCGGAAGUUCUGCGCCAGCAGCAAAGUCUAAGAGCAGUGGCAAGAGCCGUCCUCAGAGACGACCUUCUAAUAGAGACGAGUUCGAUGGACCUCACCAGUACCUAGCGAGGCCCCCGCCGGAUUAUGUGGCUAUGCAGGAGAGGGAGCUUCCUCAUCUCCCUACAAAUCUUUUGGUGCAAGAACAGGAUAGUGUCCUGACGCAAGUCAACGAUCGACUCUCGCAGUGCGCGUUCGACUUUGUUGCAAAAUACCAGUUUCCAAUUCCUUUGACCCAGGAUAUGAGGCCAGUCGAGAGACCACAUGAUAGAGAAUGGACCGAAUGGGUUUACUUACUCAAGCGCCUCGCGACCAAGAGGCGAAUCCCCGCCCGGGUCCUCUAUAACGGGCAGAUCAAGCAGUUUGUGACAAUUCUGGAAAAUUCGUUGGAGAUGCGGCAUGCUGCAAAGCAUCAGUCGCGCCCGCUGAAGGAUGACCGGAACAUCCUCCAACUGAUCAGUGCCGGUAUCCAGGUUGCGAAGAUUCUUAAGGACGCAGCCGCGAUGGAUUACCUGGACAGACUAUACGUUUCAACCGAGCAACAGAUUCAGGAACGAAGCGCUGCGGCGUCAGCACGUUUCCGCUGAAGGACACCACUUACUCACUUACUCACACACACCAUUGGAAUUAUAAACCGAUGAUAACAACGUUUUAAUCUCGAAGCUUUUCAGCGACAGAGACUUGCCCUCAGGGCCAUUUGGGCAAUGCCUGGGUUUGCCCCCGAAUGAUAUGUUCACACAAAGAUAUGUACGAGACCACUGAUACGUGGGAUGAAAUGACUCAUGAUUUCUUAUGAUUUACUGUCUUCGUCGACAGCAUAGGGCUGUAUGCGGAUGGGAGGCUUUGUCUUGCGUUUCGAGGCGC